AUGAGCCUGUCGCCCCGCCGCUCGGCCCGAGUCCCCGGACCCCAGGGCUCCCUGUGCGCGCUGCUCGCGCUGCUGCUGCUGGCGCCUCCGGGGCCCUUCGCCAACGCGGGUCCGGGCGCCGCGGUGGUGCGAGAGCUGCGUUGCGUUUGUUUACGCACCACCCCAGGAAUUCACCCGAAAAUGGUCAGUAGUGUGCAGGUGAUCGACGCGGGCCCGCACUGCGCCAAGGUGGAAGUGGUAGCCUCCCUGAAGAACGGGAGGGAAGUCUGUCUGGACCCAGAAGCCCCUUUGAUCAAGAAAGUCCUCCAGAGGAUUCUGGACAGGCUUCGGGGAGCGAGGGGAGGAGGAGAGAGGCAAGGGGGAAAAAAAAGGAGAGAGAGGGGGCAGAGAACGCGCGCCGAACCCUCCCGAAUCUCCGCGCUGCCAGAGGAGUCUGGAUUGUGUCCCCAGUGUCAGAUGAAAGGGCGCUGA